AUGAUGUCAAUUUCGUUACGCCACAUAAUACGUGCGGAGGCUUUUACGAUCGUACGGAACGUCACACGUCCGGUUGGAUGCGCCCGGAUACAGCAAAUCCAACACAGUCAGCCAUGCAAUCAACUACACAGCUGCAUUCGGCCCUGGUCCCCGUCGACAAUUUCCCUUCAAUCUCUCCCCCACUAUCAACAGUACCGGGAAAAAUCGAAAAAAUCUGGCAAACAACCAGCCCGACCAGCCGAUGACGAUCUCGAUGAUGACGAUGAUCGAGAGGACACGGCGGACGCGUACGAGGAUCUGCUUGAUGACAAGCUGAGCCGCAACGUAAAGACAACCGUAAAUUCUAUGCGAGCCGAUCUGCUGCUCAAGGCGGGUUUAGGCAUCGCCCGGAACAAGGUGGAGGCACUGUUCUACGAUAGUAAAAUCCGUGUCAACGGUAAAAAGCUGCUAAAAAAGAGCGCCCAGCUCGAACCGGGCGACGAAAUCGAUGUGGUGCGUGGGCCAAGCCCAUCCAACCCGGAACAUCUCGUCGUGUCACGUGUGGAAAUUCUAUCGGUGACGCCACGCACGGAAAAUCUCGCCGUGUCCCUGCGACGGCACAAGUCGCUGGUCAUAGAAAACUAUACGGAUUCGUACGUUGGGGCGGACGCGAGUCGAGAAAAGUAG